AUGAACGAGGCGGAAAUGGGACGUUGGCAGAUCUACUUAAAGCUGCCCCAGGGCCCAUCCUAUAUGCAGCAGGUCAGUGUCCUCCAUGCUCUCAGCUCCUGCUCAUCUGGCAUUCAGGCAUGCUACAAUGACCCAGUGAUCCUGUGUGACAGGCCAGGCUGGGCCCUGGCUGUUUAUGUCAAUCCAAAUCAAUCACCUCUGCUGCUGGACGACAACGUCAUCAACGCGCAGAAAGGUCACGCGGUGUACUCAAGCCAAGCCUGA